AUGGCUUCACCCGACUGGACUCGCGCAGCCCCUUGGAUCUGGCUACCUCACUAUCUCGAAGAAGAUAAUCGCCCUGGCCGGUUCUUCCUCUUCAGAAAGACCUUUCAAUGGCACCCUUCAGAUGACCUACAAGACCUCCCUGUGCACGUCUCCGCCGACAGCCGAUAUCGCCUCUUCGUCAACGGUCACCGCGCGAGCUGGGGUCCCUGCAAGUCCUAUCCAGGAAAAUGGUACUACGAGACAGUCGAUAUCCGCCCAUACCUCCGCGACGGUAAAAAUGUAAUCAGUGCGCGUGUUCUACGGUAUUCUACCCUCGUACCGGGCUCCUCGUCGAUUGUGAGCAUGCCGCUGCCCGGCUUCAUGCUGUACUCUCCGCAUCCUGAACUCGCCAUUUCUACUGAUCCCUCGUGGACGUGCAUCGAGCAACGAUCCGUCAAGAUUAUCCCGCAGACAGAAUGGAACUACCUGCUCGGUCCGCCUUUUCUCUCAAACAAUGAACGCGCCGUGGACACCAUAACUGGCUGGCAUAUGCCUGGAUAUGAUGACUCGCGGUGGGAUAAGGCGGUAUUCAAGUCCAAUGCUGUGAAGAUGCUUCCUAUAGUAAGCCUGUGGAAGCUGGCACCGCGUCCGAUACCGGAUUUACCGGAGAUUGAAGAGAGGUUCGACGGAAUAGUCAAGGCCACUGGUUCUGUCAGCGAAGACGAGUGGAAAUUGCUGGUUCGAGAGGACAAGCCCGUGGUGAUCCCAGCAAAUGCGCAGGUUACUGUGGAUCUCAGCGUCGAGGCGCUGAUGACGGCGUUCGUCAGCUUCGCUUUCAGUGGAGGGGCGAGCUCAAAGAUCAGCAUCCUGUAUUCCGAGUGUUACGAGAAGGACCUGGGAGUGGAGACCGCACCAUUUCCCAUGCCUAGAACCAAAACUAAUCGAUCGGACGCGAGUGGUCGCCUGUAUGGUGUGAAGGACUUUUACACUGUCACCUCUGGACAAGCUGCCCACUCGUUCGAGCCAUUCUGGUUUCGGUGUUUUCGCUAUGUUCAACUCGAAAUAUCCACAACUGAUAAUCCAAUAAUAUUGACGAACAUCUCGCUGCGACAAACUUCCUACCCACUAGAGAUCACCACCAAAGUUGACGCUGGUGCCGAGCUCAACAAGAUCUGGGAGAUCAGUCUCCGAACACUCCAGAACUGCCGCCACGAGACAUACGAAGACUGCCCGUUCUACGAGCAGAACCAAUUCGCAUCCGAUUCUCGACUACAGAUGCUGUUCACCUACCAAUUAUCCCCCGAUGACCGUCUCGCCCGCAAGACUCUCGAGGAGUUCCACGCUAGCAGAACACCAGACGGACUGAUUAUGGCACAGUAUCCGACUGGCUUCGCUUCUAAGCAGAUCCCGCAAUUCUCCUUAUUCUGGAUCCUGAUGGUACAUGACCAUAUGAUGUACUUUGCGGAUAGGACACUAGUGCGCAGAUACCUAAUCACAGUGGAUAGCAUCAUUCAGCAUUUCGAGGAUCGCCUUGACGACCGUGGUCUAGUUGGCCAGUUUGACCCCGAUACGUGGCCGUUCGUCGAUUGGGUGCAGGAUUGGUUUGUUCCGGGGCAGAUCUUCAAGUCCUGUAUGCCUCCGGCGUAUCAUACGGCGGGUGCGGCUACUGUCAAUAGUUUGAUGUAUGCGUAUGCCCUACUACAUGCGGCGGAGCUGUGCGAAUUUGUCGGGCGGAUAAGCACGGCGGAGGAGUAUCGGGCGCGGAUGCACAGUGUCCGGAGUGCCGUGAAUCAGCGCUGCACGUCUACCUCCCAGUUAUACUUGGACGGCCCUGGAGUGGAGCAGUACAGUCAACACACACAAGUGUUCGCCAUCCUCAGCGAAACAGUAACAGGAGACGCCGCAAAGCAGCUCCUCAGACAGACCGUGGCCGACUCUUCCCUCGCACAAUGCUCAUACGCCAUGAAAUUCUACGUCUUCCGAGCAGCAGAAAAGACAGGCCUAUACAGCGAACUAUUUCCCAGCAUGCUAGAUCCAUGGCGGUCCAUGAUGGCCAAUAAUUUAACGACAUGGGCAGAGGAUGAGGUGAACGCCCGCAGCGACUGUCAUGGGUGGAGCGCAAGUCCGGUGAACGAGAUCGUCACGCAGCUGUUCGGGGUGAAGCCUGCCGAGCCAGGCUUUGAGCGGGUCCGCAUCGAGCCCCGAAGGGAAUUAGUGGCUGCAGCUGAUGGUUUGUUGCAUACCUCUCGGGGGAAUAUUAAGGUGCAGUGGGCCCCGGGGAAGCCGCUAAUUGUCGAGGCGACGAGUAAGAUUCACGUGGAGAUUGUGGUUGAUGGUCGGGUGGUUGAGAGGGUGUUGGGUCCUGGGGAGCCUCUCACUUUUGCUGGGUAG